UUCAUAUCACCACUUAGCUUAAUUUUAAAAGGAAAUGACAAACCAAAAUAAAAAUAUGACAAAUUUUUUUUUUUGGUUAUUGGACAGAAGUUUAAGAAAUGUGGCUAAAGGCUUAAACAUGAUUUAGAAAUAAUUUUUCAAAAGUAUAGAUAUCCUUAAUGAAGCCCAACACACAUGUUUGAGACUCGUCACAAGUGUUGACAAACCAAAAACUAAAGCCCAUUGCUAACUAACCAAGUUUUUUUUUCCAAUUUUCCUAAACCGUAUAUUGAAGAUAUAUGUACAGUAUUCGGUGAAUUUAAAUCGGAAUGAAAUGCUGACGUGGGAAACAUCCCUAACUGAAGAAGAUGAAGAAGAAGAAAAGGCAACCCAAAAAAAGGUAAUUCAGCUGCUUCUCCUACAAAUAAUCAGAUCGCAAACCCUUGCCGUGACACUGAAGGCACCGGUGGCCGACGGCUUAUUCAUCUUUCUCCAAUCGGAGAGUCGUCGUUUUUUACAAUAUCAUGAUCCCGCUUUGAAAUUUCUCUGUUUUCUAAUCUCUCAAAAUGGGAUCCAGAAUCGAAGAAGAGAAGGAACUGGAACCAGGUAUGGAGAAGGGUCUGGCGACGGAUCCAACGAGUCCUACAGGGAGUACUGUAGCGGACCUGUCGCCAACUCCAACCCCAAGGAAGACUCUGGUUCUGUCCAAUUCGGGUAAGGCUUUAAUGGUGUCUAACUCGAGCAAGUCCUUGGGGCUUUCGAAUUCAGGGAAAAGGUUUGAUCCAACGGGGAAGAAGAAGUAUGUUAAACAGGUCACGGGACGGCACAACGACACCGAGCUUCACCUAGCUGCUCAAAGAGGAGACUUGGCUUCUGUUAAGCAGAUUCUUAGUGACAUUGAUUCUCAGAUUACUGGUACCAUUACCGGAGCUGAUUUUGAUGACGAGGUAGCUCAAAUAAUGACAUCCGUAGUAAACGAGGUGAAUGAGCUGGGGGAGACACCGCUUUUUACAGCAGCAGAGAAAGGAAACAUAGAUGUUGUCAAGGAAUUGUUGCCUUACACGACCAUUGAAUCUCUUAUGCAGAAGAAUCUUUCUGGAUUUGACGCUUUACACAUUGCUUGUAGUCAAGGCCAUCGAUCUAUUGUUCAGUUAUUGCUUGAGCAUGAACCUCAAUUGAGUAAAACAGUAGCUCAAUCAAACGCAACCCCACUUGUGUCGGCUGCAACUCGAGGGCAUUCAGAAGUUGUCAAUGAAUUGCUUGCUAAAGACUCAAGCUUGCUUGAGAUUUCAAGAUCGAAUGGAAAAAACGCGCUUCACCUUGCUGCGCGCCAAGGUCAUGUAGAUAUUGUAAGAACCUUGCUUGAUAAAGAUCCGCAGUUAGCAAGACGAACAGACAAGAAAGGACAGACGUCUUUGCAUAUGGCUGUGAAAGGAGUUAGCUCACAAGUCGUGAGGUUGCUCCUUCGAGCUGAUCCGGCUAUUGUCAUGCUUCCUGAUAAAUUUGGUAACACCGUGUUGCAUAUUGCUACACGAAAGAAAAGAGCAGAGAUUGUGAAUGAGCUGUUACAACUUCCGGAUACAAACGUGAAUGCGCUAACAAGAGACCAUAAAACCGCAUACGACAUCGCUGAAGGACUCACUCAUUCAGAGGAAACGGCAGAGAUCAAAGAGAUAUUAUCGCGUUGCGGUGCACUUAAAGCCAACGAACUAAACCAGCCAAGAGACGAGCUUAGAAAAACCGUGACCGAGAUCAAGAAAGACGUUCACACUCAGCUGGAACAAACCCGAAAAACCAACAAAAACGUCGAUGGGAUCGCCAAGGAGCUAAGGAAACUCCACAGAGCUGGAAUCAACAAUGCGACCAACUCUGUAACCGUCGUGGCUGUUCUCUUUGCCACGGUUGCAUUUGCUGCCAUUUUCACGGUUCCAGGAGGUGACGACGACCACGGUGUGGCCGUUAUGGUCCAUGCAACAUCUUUCAAGAUAUUCUUUAUAUUCAACGCGAUCGCGCUCUUCACUUCGUUAGCAGUAGUUGUCGUGCAAAUCACGCUUGUAAGAGGAGAGACUAAAACGGAGAGACGUGUGGUGGAAGUAAUAAAUAAGCUCAUGUGGCUCGCUUCUGUCUGCACCACCGUGGCAUUCAUUUCCUCAUCGUACAUUGUGGUUGGUCGGAGAAAUAGAUACGCGGCGGUUGUGGUAACGGUCAUAGGAACUGUUACGAUGACCGGAAUUUUGAGUAUAAUGACAUAUUAUGUGGUGAAAUCGAAGAGGACGAGGAUAGUAAGGAAGAAGGAGAAGAAGAAAUCUGCUAGAAAUGGGACGAGUUCGUGGCAUCAUGCGAAUCCGUCAGAGACUGAAUCGGAGGUUAAUCCGAUAUACGCAAUCUGAUCGAUGAUGAUGAUUAUCCAUCGAAAUUCGUUUUGUUUUCUUUCUUUUUGUUGUUGUUCUUGAUCUAUGUAAGUGUAGUGUGUGUUUUAUGUUGUUUUUGGCCGAAGAAAAAGUCGAACUAUGUCUUACUUAUAUACACAAGGAUAUUUGAAAACAAGAUUUUAUU